GUAACAGCGUACAACAGACUACAGUCGUCAGUCCGCACACCACAGCCGCACACAGCGUUUCGUUGUCGUCGUCGUCGUUGUUACCGUCGUCGUCGUUGUUACCGUCGUCAGUCAGUCGAUUAGCCGUCGCGGUCAGAUUCGGUUCACUCCUUAGCUGCUGUACGAAAUCCAAUCGAGCAAAACGUUUACACACAUCUCGUCAGUGUGUGACAGGCGACUUUUUCUCAUUCAUCCGUUGUCGCGUUUUACGAGCAAUUCGUGUUAGUCGAUCGUACAUGUUUGUUAUUCGUCAGUCGUAGUAUUGUCUGUUUCGAAAAGAAUAUUUAAAAGAUAUAUUUUCUUUUAAAACCUUAAACGAAAAUCAGUCAACAUUUCUUUCACUACUUCGUUCAUCAUUACCAUAGCUAGGCGCGAGAAAAAAACGAAAAAAAUGGAAGUCGUACCUCCGUAUUACAUACAACCGUCAUACCCGGUUCAUUCCACUCUCGGAAUCUUGAAAUUGGAGGACAUCGAAUCAGAAACUAGUGCAUUUAUGGCAUUACAUCAGCGGCUUGAAGAAGAGCUUCGGGCCGCUAAGCGUGCGCAACUGUCUUGCGGCGAAGUCUUGUUGCCGCCGGACUUGCUGCACCGGAUAGCUCAUGACGUCCUCAAGAUGGCUGAAAGCGAACCCUGUGGUCUCAGAGGAUGCACUUUGUACCUGAAUUUCGAAGGUGAACAAGAAUGCCGGAAAAUCGGCACGAUCAAAUGCGAUACUAACACAGUGUCCACUUUUGAGUUGUUUCUCACACUCAAACAAAACCCUAGAAAUGCGUGGUCGCUCAUUCCACUAUUCAUUAGGAAUUUUACUAGCGGCGGCACAAUAGUGAUCGAUCACGAAUUCACAAUAGAAAAACGGAAGCUGUAUAGGUCUUUUUUAGAAUAAAGAGCGCCGGAUGUCCGGCKCUGCCGAACGCCAAAUCCUCCACCUCCUUCUCAUUAUCAGUAUCUCAUCAAAACACCAUCACCACCACAACUAUAAAUCCAACCACAACUAGUACGACCGAUAGUACUCGUACCACGAAUAGCACCGCCAUCGCCGUGAUUGAGAGAGAGCAAAGACUGAUCCCCUCGGAACAGCCUGUGCGUUACAAGACGAAAAACACUCGUAUCAAACAUUAGCGGUCUUGUCGUCGAUUAUCAUCAAGUAACAAAAAAUUUGAAAAAAAAAAACCCAAUUUAUAAUAUACGCGUAA